ACACUGACACGUCCAGAUAAAAACCAGCAUGCUCGCAUACGGAUUCAUGUGCGCACACAUACCAUAUCUACAAACUCGACGCCCACCACAUCCACACCGUUGAACAUUUUUUAUUGCUACAUUCCAAUAAAUCACAUAAUAAUUAUUAAACAUGUAUAGAUUUCUUUUUCCUACUAUAGAAUUCAAAUGUUUAACAUAACAUUAUGUAACAAAUUUCAUUAUAAAUGUAUACAUUUUCAUACAUUAUAAACUCAUACGUAGCAUUGUAAAUAUAUUUCAUUUAUAAUAUUGCAAAUAAUUAUAAAUUGAUAACUGUAUGGCAUUGAUAAAAAAUCAUAAUGUAAAAUAAUACUAAUUAUUGUAAGUAAUAUAAAAAAUUGUAAACCGUGAAAAAUAAAUCAUAUGAGUGUCAUGUUUUAUCUUUAUUGAGCAUGCUCAUGAUUUGUUCGAUCGAAUCGUAUGAGAAUACUGGUGAAAAUGUGUUUCAUAUAUACAGUGAAACCUCUAUAUAUGGGCACCUCCAUAACAAGGGCACCUCGCUUAUAUGGGCACUCGUCGGAACGACCGAUCGAUUUUUGCUGUAAAUGAACCUCUCUAAGAAGGGCACCUCUGACCUCUGCCCAUGGGCACUGAUUUUUAGCCCAUUCUGUACUUUUACACCUCUCUUACAUGGGCAGAGAGAAUGAAUAUUUUCUUCAACAUUGUUCUUUUUCUCAUCGUACCUUAUUGUUCGAAGAAAGGGAAAGAAAAAAGUUAGUCCGAUGUAAAAAAGAAAAUUACUCGUCGGUACAUUUUUCGCCGUUUUGUCAAUGAGAACAAGAGUAUAAAUUGUCAUGUUAUUUGACAUUACUCUUCAAUAUCAUUAAUAAAUGACGACGUGUCAUUAUCUCACGCUCGAUAAGAAGAUCGAAUUGAUCAACGACUAUGCUGAUGGCACUGGAUUAUCACAACGCAAAUUAUGUGAUAAGUACAAGGUGUCGAAGGGUGCUGUAUAUAAUAUUCUGCAACGAAAAGACGAAUACAAGCAGGAUUUCCAAUCAAAUGCAAACAAAGGUGUCAAACGCAAACUGCGGAAUGAGUCAAGCCACAACAUCGAUGAAACUGUUUUAUCAUGGUUCGCAGCACAAAGGGCAAAAAAUAUUCCAAUCUCAGGGCCCUUGAUUCAAGAAAAGGCACGCGAUGUUGCUGAAGCAAUCGGGCUUUCACCCGGGUAAGUCUCUUGAGAGCAACACAUAAUUUAUAAUACGUGCCAUAUUAUUGAAUUGGUUCACUGAUCACUUGUUGAAGCUCUUGAAAUGAUUCGAAAACUUCAUCUGCUCGCAUCUACACGUCAACCACAACUCCAUCAACUCGUCACUGAAUUAGAAUCGAAACUGACUGAUGCUUACAUUGAUUCAAAAACUAGCAAGCAAAGUUCUAUUAUUGAUUUCUUUUCAAAAGCUUGAUUGUAAAUACGAAAAUAGAAAAUAAACAUAGACAAAAUAAGAUAUCAAAUAAUUUAGAAUAAAAUAUUGAAUACACUCAAAGAUAUAAAGGUCGCUUAACAAUACAUAAGUAUGGGUGCCCUUUGAUGGUGUAGCUUCCAGAAACAUUACGGAUCGAUAUCUAUACACAAAGCUCUAUAACGCGGGCACCUCCGUAAGGUGGGCGAUUUCAAAUAGUCCCAAAGGUGCCCAUCUAUGGGAGGUUUCACUGUAUAUACAUGUAUAUGUUUUUAAACAUACAUUGCCAAUCAAAGACAUUCUAAUGAUGUUGAUAUCAAUUUGACGAACGAUAAUUGACGAUGAUGUGCACAUUCGAAUAUAAUUGAUUUGAUUAAUCAUCACAUGAUUAAUUGAAAUGAUGAGACACGAAUUAAUUUCAUUGUUUUUCAUGUGCAUAGAUGUGAAUACUUGUCCUUUGUUCAUAUACAGUCCUUCAUGGACAAUACAUAUUCUUUUCUUUCUUUUUUUUUGGACUAGAAGAAAUUUCUAUUCAUCGUCAUCAUCGUAAAAACAAAAGCAAUUAAUUUGAAUCAUAAAUCAUAGAUUAAUUUUUUUGUAUGACUUUUGAAAAUUGAUUAGAGUGCUUUAUUCAAAUGAACAUAUUCAUUUUCUUGGAAACACAAGAUCAACAAGUCUGUUGAGUACGACUGCACUGUCAUUAUAUGAAAACUCGUUAAGACAAAGUCAAAUAACUGUACAGAAAAUUAAAAAGUUUUCAUAAAAUUCAAUUUCUAUCCCAUCAAAUGAAUAUUUCUGUUGAAAUUAAAUCACUAAUAGGGUGUGGGUGUGUAGGUGGGUGUGAAUGAAGAACAUAGACACACCCACCAACUUGUGUUGCUUUGUUUUUUUUUGACGAAUUUCCUUAUAUUUUUUGUUCCUAAUGCAAACAAUUGAAUGUCAAUUAUUAUUAGUAUAAAAUGAGUUUUACUUAUUUAGAACUCGACAACAAGAUUUCUAUGAUCAAUAUUCAUCAUCAUACAAUGAUUCACAUUAUUGGCAUGAAAAUAAUUCAAAUUCAUAUGAUUUUUAUGAUCUAUUAUAUGGUUUAGAAAAAUUCUGGGUAUUUUUAAAAUAUUCUCGACAAAAACCAAAAAUCAAUUCAAAACUGGAAGAAAUUUUAAAAUAUUAUAAAAAUCUUGAAGAUUUUCGUGUUGAUGGUGCAUCAUUUCCACAACAAUUUUUUCCAACAAAAUCAAAUUAUAAAGAAUUUAGUGUUUUAGGAAGAAUUGAUAUUGGUUUAGGUAUUGGUGGUGGUGUGAUUAAUUCUAUACUUUAUAAUGUUGAUGAUGAUCAUCGAGAUAUUAUUUUUGAUCGUUUUCAAGGUGUUAAACUAGAUGUUAUUGAAGAAGGAACUCAUUUUAUGAUUUCAUGGUUUCAUAGACCAAUUAUAUUUGAUAUUCGUACACGACUACGAUCUGUUCCAUCGAUAACAGAAAUAAAAGAUUUACAAACAAUUAAUAUAACAUUACGUAUUCUUUAUCGACCAAGAGCUGAACUUUUACCAAAAAUUUUUUGCAAAUUUGGUUUUAAAAUCUGUUGUACUAAGUCUCAAUUCGAUGCUAUUGAAUUGAUUACACAACGUACACUUAUUUCUCAACGUGUUAGUGAAUUAUUAACAGAACGUGUUGCUCAAUUUGGUUUAUCAUUUGAUGAUAUUUCAAUUAUAAGAUACAACAAAAAAGAGUCUCGAACACAUUUAAGUUUUAGACCUGAAUUUACAAGUGCUGUUGAAUUAAAACAAGUUGCACAACAAGAUGUUGAAAAACAACGAUUUCUAGUCGAAAAAACGGAACAAAGUCGUCAAGCAAAUGUUACUGCAGCAGAAGAUGAUACUCAUGCAGCUGAUUUGAUUGGCAAAGCUUUAGAUGAAGUUGGUGAUGGUUUGAUCGAACUUCGACGAAUUGAAGCCGCUGAAGGUAUUGCAAAUCAAUUAUCAAAAUCAAGAAAUAGCAUCUAUUUACCACAUGGUCCUCAAAUGUUACAUAACAUUACUGGUGCUGUGCAAUAA